UUCUGUUUCAUUCUGGACAAGAUAACUCAGUCACGAUACCAUUGUAACAGAACCAAGCACAAUGGCACCUCAAAUUUGGUUGAUUACUGGAGCGUCAUCUGGCUUUGGAGUGCUCCUCGCUGAAGCCGCGCUGAAAGCUGGUCAUCGAGUUAUUGCCACGGCCCGCAACCCGACCAAGGCUGCCAAGGAUUAUCCCCAGAUUGCAUCCUUGGGUGGCACAUGGCUCCCCUUGGACGUCACUAGCAAGCAGACGACUUCGCAAGUGGCACAAGCGAUCGAAGACCAUGGCGGCAGAAUUGACGUGGUGAUCAACAAUGCUGGGUACGGUCUCGUGGGUAGCAUCGAGGAUAUCAGCGAAGAUGAACUCGACGUGCAGUUCCAGACGAAUGUGUACGGCGUGGUCAGGGUUAUUAAAGCUGUGCUUCCCCUCAUGCGGGCGCAGCGCCAGGGCACCAUCGUCAACAUCAGUAGCAUUGCGGGUUUCGCCGCCGGGCCAUCUUCUGCGGCGUAUGCCAUGACCAAGUUUGCCGUUGAAGCCCUGUCCGAAGCGCUCUCUGCGGAGCUCGACCCAUUCAACAUCCGCCUCCUCCUCGUGGAGCCCGGGGCCUUCCGGACCAACUUCAUCGGAUCGCACAGGACUCCCGCUGCUGGGCUAAAUGAGGGCUACAAGGACACGCCUCUGGCAGCUGCGAUGAGCAAAUGGGAGACCUUUGCGGGCAAGCAGAGCGGAGAUCCAUCCAAGGCGGUGCAGCGGAUUCUUGAUGUGAUUCAACUACAGGGCCAGGGGCAGGGCAAGGAACACCUCCUCCGCCUACCGCUGGGGACUGAUUGUUUCCCGCGCAUGGUGGAAAAGCUGGAGACUGUGAAGCAAAACCUGGAUGAGAUGAAGGAAAUUGCUUUGAGUACGGAUGUGGAUCAAGAAUGA